GAAGAUUCUUCAGCCAAGAAUAUUAGGCGUGAUGUUGAGAUUGCUGAGAUUAAGGCUGAAAUAGUGAAGCUAAAGGAUAAUAAUGAAGAGAACAAAGAGCUAACCCAGGAUAUUUCUCCCGAGAGGGUUGACAAUGUACAUAACUCCAUUUCAGACCAAUGUGAUAACGCCACUUCUUGCCCCCGUCAAAAUAGCCAUAGGAAGAAAGGUGCAAAAAACAUCGUACAAUUGAUAGCUGAUGGCAUUAAAGAUGAUGCCCAAUCGAAUGACAAAGCCACUCCUUGCGAUGUGAUUUCAAUUGAGAGUCUCUGCCAAAAUUCAUCUAUAGAUUCAUUGCUUUCUCUAGUGCAAUUAUUUGAUAAAGCGGAUGAUGCUGAAUAUGGCGCAAUUUUAUCAAGUCUUAUGACUGAGAUUUCAGCCGGGGGCCCCGGCCAAAAUUCAGCUGAGGUAAGCGAAUUAAUCGCAUCUAUUCCUUUUACAUAUGACUCUAAUUAUUUAGGUAAUUCAUCAUUCACGCCUCAAAUCGCUCUAGCUGAGGCAUAUUUUAAUGAUCCUAUGCCUUCGUCAAUGAAGAAAGGAACUAAUGAAGUUUAG